AUGUUUGUCGGGAUUGACGACCAGCCCGUGCACUACUUCACUCAACUUGCAUCAGAUGGCAGAUUCGACGAUCUCAACGUCACAGAUACUGCAUCGUGGCGAAAACAGUAUCCCGAGUUCGACUUCUUGAGAGAACAGAUGGACAACUGGUCGAUGCAAGGCAGAAAUGUCCUUGUUUGCAAUGCAUCCAUCAAGGUGAUGACGGAGUCCCGACCAAAGGCUAGCUUAUCGAUCACCUUCAACCUCGACACUCAGCGUGACCUUUCCGUCUUCGAAUCUGUGCAGUGCACUACUCGGUUUUACGACAGUGGUAGCAUGGCUGCAGAUCCUCAAUUUGACGGUCGGGACGCACACGAUCUAAAGGAGCAUCGCACACCAUGCGAUUACCGAGCAGGCCCUCAUGGGCGUAACGGGUGCCUGAGGAUUGCAUUUGGCUCCAAGUUCUGGGUUAAUCGUAUGACCAAGUACCAGAACUUGAGAUUGAGAGACGAGAGCUGCGUCAGCAAAUCGCUACUGCGGCUCACGGCCACACAGGAUGUGUAUGGUAUCAAGCCCGGCACCGGCGAGGCUGAACGAGUCCUUACAAUAUUGUGGCGCUUUACACAAACGAGGAGCUCUGCGGAAGUGGGCAGCAUGAACUGGCGUGCGGUCAACUUUGAUGCUCCUCAGCAACACCCUCUGGAGCAAAGGUGGAAUGACAUGAAGCACGACUCUGGCCUAAAACUCGAAAAUCUUCAACGCGGACACGAGGAAAUAAUGGAUUGCACAUCUUCUGCAACACAUGACGCAUCACUCUACCAGCAAGUCCCUCACUUGCCUCUCGACUACAUACACCAACACCAACCACAUCACGGCUAUGCAGUGCAGCCUACACAGGCGCAGCAACCCCCACAACUUCAUCUAGACGUCUUCGCCUCGAUGCAACCCGACUUUGACCAUGGACACGCCUCGGCUGCCCCAAGCGCGUCGACAGACUACUCCCAGCAAAGUCUCCCCAGCCUAUCCCACAGCCAAAGCACUGUGGGCAUGUACGCCCAAGAUCCCAACGACUUCAAUUUCGACGGCGGCCACAUCACCAUAUCUGGUGCCUUUCACCCCACCAUCAACCUGCACGACUACGAAGGCUUGUCAAACCAAAGCACUAGCCUAGACAAUCUACACGCCCUCGUCGGCCUGGACCAAGACGGCUACAAUCUCGGCUUAGCAUGUGCUGCAGGCACCGAGCUUGUCGACGCGUCCUUGCAAACCGACCAUAUGCCCUGCUACUCCACAAAGCCAAUUUGGGCGAAUUCGAACGUCAUUCCUCACUUAGAGAAUGCGGCAGAACAGUACCAUACGUAUUUGGAUCAUGGACAAGCAACACAUGGACACGACGUACUGCCUCGACAUCACUUGCAACAACCGCAGGAUCUCGGCCUACAUGAUUCGAUCAAUGUGAACCAUGGACUGUGGAACAGUCUACAGAGUCCGUUCCAUGAAGACACGGGCGGUGGCGCUAGUGAUGGUAAUGACUGUAGGAAGGACAGCCACACCGGGGUACAUGGCGUGGGCCUGGGGGUGCUGGAACUGAUCGAGCGAGAUCAGCGGGCGAGAGGUUAUUAA